GUAAAAUUAAUUAACGGUAACUCGAAAGAGUAGAAAGUGCAGCACCCGUUCGAAAUGCGCUGCGUCGCGGCGCUUGCCGCCCUCGUAGCUCUCGUUGCGGUUUCCCUUGGAUCCGUUCUCGCCAUCUCACCCGAUCAAGCACUCACGAAAGAGCUGGAAGAGGCUUUGCGAGAAGACAAUUUCGUACUGGCUAUAAAACAUAUCAGACCCCGAAGACGUCAUGGAUCCGAGACACUCCUUGCUGCAGACUUCUCUGGAUCGAAGGAAAAAUUUCUGGUCAUACUUGACAGACGCACGAAACAUGUGAUAAUCGAAACCGUUCAAAACGGUGUGGUGCACAGGGAACGCGUCUCCGUUAACGACCUGGAAGACUUGGCUACCAUCAAAAAUAUUAUGCUCGACGUGCACCAGGCGCAGCCAAAUGCCCGGAUCGAUUUGUAUCUGAAUUGUGCCCGUCAGGGUGACCUGUCGAUGAAUAGGACUCUGAGAGAUAUGGCCGGACCGCCGUACGCGGUUCGCUUAGAAGUCUACAAAGAUAAAAAGCAUAAAACGAAAGUUUACCGCUCGAUGAAGAUCAGCGAUGUUCUGGAGGAGGAAAACUGUCCGUCGGAGUUCCUCGAUCUGACCGAUAUGCAGGGUGAUCAGCCCGGAGGGAAUAGAAUCGUCUCCCUACGCGGUGAUCAGGACAUCGUCUCGACGUGGGACGAAGGCUUGUGCAUCACGGACGAACAUCUCCUCACGACGAUGAACGCGCUGAUCAUUGCGAUCCGACAAUUGAAAGCAGAGGUGGAAUCGAACAGAGCGGAAACGCGAAGCCUGAGAGAACUUAUCGAAAACUGUGCCGGAUGCAAACAAAACCCGAAUUCCUGCGCUUACCGAUCACCCUGUUUCCCUGGAGUGCAAUGUCGCGACACUUCGUCUGGACCGGAAUGUGGAUCCUGUCCACGUGGUUACGUAGGGGACGGUCGUACUUGUGACCCGGGGAUAACUUGCGCCGACAGACCAUGUUUCUCCGGAGUAAGGUGCCAAGACACCUCUCGAGGCCACAGAUGCGGUCCCUGCCCACCCGGUUACGUCGGCGACGGCGAAAGAUGCGAACGUCGCGGGGGAUGCAGCCACAAUUCCUGUCACAGCAGCGUCCAAUGUGCCCCAAUCGACACUCCGCCUUAUUACCGAUGUGGUCCUUGUCCCCCGGGAUACGUGGGGAACGGGACCGAUUGUCGAGACAUAGACGAAUGCGACCUCGACAAUCCAUGCGACCCUAGAGUGCGAUGUUACAAUUUGUCUCCCGGAUUCAGAUGCGACCCCUGUCCCAGGGGGUACGAAGGUCAUCCCGUCCAGGGCGCAGGGCUCGACGAGGCGCGAAGACACAGACAAGUGUGCGUCGAUAUCGACGAAUGUAACGACGGAAGAAACGGCGGAUGCGUUCCAAACUCUCAAUGUAUCAACACCGAGGGCUCGUUCAGAUGCGGGCCGUGCAGGUCUGGUUACGUGGGUAAUCAGACCACGGGAUGCCGUCCUCGCGGCGUUGUUUGCCGCGACGGCGUGACCACUUGCGACGAUAACGCAGGUUGCAUUUUCCUAGGAAGGGCGCACUACUCCUGCAGGUGCGAAGUCGGAUGGGCCGGAAACGGGCAUAUCUGCGGACCCGACACGGACAUCGACAGUAUCCCCGACGAGGAACUCCCUUGCACCGAGAAAACUUGUCGCGCGGACAACUGUAAAAAUACGCCGAACAGCGGUCAAGAAAAUGCGGAUGGCGAUGAUUACGGAGACGCUUGCGAUCAGGACGCUGACAACGAUGGUAUCCUGAACAACGCGGACAAUUGCCCUCUCGUCUACAAUCCGGAUCAAGCUGACAACGACCGCGAUGGUCCAGACAAGAGAGGAGACGCCUGCGACAAUUGUCCCGACGUUAACAACCCUUUCCAGGAGGAUAUCGAUGGCGACGGACAGGGUGACGCGUGCGACGAUGACAUGGAUAACGAUGGGAUUCCGAAUCGACAAGAUAAUUGCCCGAGAACGAAAAAUCGCGACCAGAGGGACCACGACGGUGACGGAAUCGGCGACGUCUGCGACAACUGUCCGGCGAAAUCGAAUCCCGAUCAAAGGGAUGCGGAUCACGACCGCGUAGGUGAUAUUUGUGACACGGGCGCCGACUGGGACCGAGAUGGAAUUCAGGACAAUCUGGAUAAUUGCCCGAAAGUCCCGAAUUCCGAUCAGGUCGAUACCGAUGGCGAUGGACGCGGAGACGCCUGCGACAACGAUAAGGAUGGCGACGGAAUUCCCGACAAAGACGAUAAUUGUCCGUACUUCUACAACCCGGAGCAAUUGUACCCGAACUACGUUUGGCAACGCGACAAGUGCUACAUCGACUCCGAUAACGACACUAUUCAAAACCAGCAUGACAAUUGUCCGAACAACAGUCAAAUUUGGACAACAGAUUUCCGUAAAUUUGAAACUAUUGUACUGGACCCGGUAGGGGAUGCCCAGAUAGACCCGAACUGGGUAAUCGUAAAUAACGGGGCGGAAAUCAUACAGACGAUGAACAGCGAUCCAGGAAUCGCUGUGGGAUACGACGUGUUCAACGGUGUCGAUUUCGAGGGUACAUUUUACGUGGAUACGAACAUAGACGACGAUUACGCUGGUUUUAUAUUCUCAUAUCAAGACAAUCACAAAUUCUACGCUGUAAUGUGGAAAAAGAGUCCUCAGACUUACUGGCAAUCGACACCUUUCCGAGCAGUUGCCGAACCGGGCAUUCAGAUAAAGCUUGUUAACUCAGCGACCGGACCCGGUCAGAUGAUGAGAAACAGUUUAUGGCACACGGGAGACACUGAAAAUCAAGUAAAACUUCUAUGGAAAGAUCCGAGGAAUGUUGGUUGGAGAAAUCACACCUCUUACCGUUGGCUGCUUCUGCAUAGACCCAAAAUUGGGCUCGUAAGACUGAGAAUCUACGAAGGGCAGCACAUGGUCGCCGAUUCCGGUAACAUUUUCGACUCCACUCUUCAAGGUGGUAGAUUGGGAGUGUUCUGUUUCUCCCAAGAAAUGAUCAUAUGGUCGGAUCUGGUUUACAGAUGUAACGAAGACGUACCGGACGCCGUUUACGAUGAAUUGCCACCUCACCUCAAAGCACAAGUCCAAAUUGACCAGACGAAAUCACACCUCGGUAAGGGCUCGGUCCGGAACUAGAGGAGCUUAAUUGAAUUAAAAAAAAAAAGUUCAGUGUUUCGCAAAGCGUAUUGUACAGCAGUUGAAACGAAUGAUAAAGCUAUGGGGUUAAUGUAAAAAGUAAUAAUAUAUAUAUAUAUAUAUAUACAUACUUAUAUAAUAAUAUAUGAAAAUAAAUAUAGAUUACUUAUU